GAGCGCAGCCCCGCCCCCGCGCCGGCGCGCUCCGACGUGCCCUGGAACUUACCCUACCCUGGAGACCAGCCUGCGGGGACCGCCGACCGUGGCCGCAGUGGAGGAGUACCCUUCAGGCUCGUCCCGCGGCCCCGCGCUAGCGGAGGGAGCCGUGUCGCACCCGACUGCCGGGCCCUCGGUUUAAUUGCAAUACUGGAUAUUUAUUUCUCCUUCUAAGUAAAAAUAGCUGUGUCAGUCUGACUGGUCAUAAAGCCAUAAUGUGGCAUACCGUCCUUUUUGAGAGGUGAAUAUUAUUGAAUAAAAAUGGCUGACAGAAUUGGGAAGAUUGCUCCAGGACAAGUGUACAUUGAAGUGGAAUACGAUUAUGAAUAUGAAGCAAAGGACAGAAAGAUUGUGAUCAAACAAGGGGAACGAUACAUCUUGGUGAAGAAGACCAACGAUGAUUGGUGGCAAGUCAAACCAGAUGAGAAUUCCAAAGCGUUUUAUGUGCCAGCCCAGUAUGUUAAGGAGGUCGCCCGUAAAGCUCUAAUGCCGCCUGUUAAACAGGCAAUGGGACUGCCAAAUAAUUCUGUGAAAAUGAUACAGAGCCUGCAUCUUCAGAGAUCAACAGAAAAUGUGAACAAAUUACCUGAACUUUCAAGUUUUGGAAAGCCAUCGUUGUCUGUUCAAGGAACAGGUCUUAUUCGUGAUGCCAAUCAGAAUUUUGGACCCAGUUAUAAUCCAGGUCAGACUCUCAACCUAAGCCUGGACCUGACCCAUAAUAAUGGAAAGUUUAAUAGUGACUCACAUUCUCCUAAAGUUUUCGGCCAGAAUAGGACACGCUUAUUUGGUCACUUUCCGGGUCCAGAGUUCUUGGACAUAGAGAAAACUAGCUUCUCCCAGGAACAGUCCUGUGAUUCAGCAGGAGAAGGCUCAGAAAGACUACAUCAGGAUUCCGAAUCUGGUGAUGAACUUAGCAGCAGCUCUACUGAACAGAUAAGGGCAACGACACCACCAAGUCAAGGACGGCCAGAUUCUCCCGUCUAUGCCAAUCUACAAGAACUGAAAAUAUCCCAGUCUGCUCUCCCUCCGAUUCCUGGGAGCCCAGCAAUUCAGAUUAAUGGUGAAUGGGAAACUCAUAAAGAUAGUUCAGGGCGUUGUUACUACUAUAACAGAGGAACACAGGAAAGAACUUGGAAACCACCUCGUUGGACUCGGGAUACAAGCACAAGCAAAGGAGAUUUCCAAAGCCCAGGAGAUCCAGAGCUUCUUUCAUCAGAAGAAAACUACCACAGCAUUUGUUACAGCCAGUCAGAUAGUCAGUGUGGUUCUCCUCCAAGGGGUUGGUCAGAAGAGUUGGAUGAACGUGGGCAUACCUUAUAUACCAGUGACUAUACUAAUGAAAAGUGGCUCAAGCAUGUUGACGAUCAAGGUAGACAAUAUUACUACAGUGCAGAUGGAUCUCGGUCAGAAUGGGAAUUGCCAAAGUAUAAUGCUUCAUCCCAACAGCAAAGAGACAUAAUUAAAAGUAGGAGCCUGGACAGGCGGCUGCAAGAACCAAUAAUAUUAACAAAGUGGAGACAUAGCACCAUUGUGUUGGACACCAAUGACAAGGAAUCUCCACCUGCCUCAAAACCCUGCUUUCCUGAAAAUGAAUCUUCUCCCUCCUCACCAAAGCACCAAGAUACAAGUCAAGAGAAAUAUGGAUUGUUAAAUGUAACAAAAACCACUGAAAAUGGGAAGAAGGUUCGAAAGAACUGGUUGUCUUCAUGGGCUGUGUUGCAGGGUUCAUCUUUACUCUUUACCAAAACUCAAGGAAGCAGCACAAGUUGGUUUGGGAGUAAUCAAUCCAAACCAGAGUUCACAGUGGAUCUUAAGGGAGCGACAAUUGAGAUGGCUUCAAAGGAUAAAUCCAGCAAAAAGAAUGUAUUUGAGCUGAAAACCCGUCAGGGAACAGAAUUGCUGAUUCAAUCUGAUAAUGACGCUGUUAUUAACGAUUGGUUUAAGGUUCUUUGUAGUACCAUCAAUAAUCAGACAGUAGAAACUGAUGAUGCAGCUGAAGAGGAGGUACCAGACUCACCAGGCACAGAAAAGCACGAUAAAGAAAAGGACCAUAAGGAUCCUAAAAAACUGCAUUCCACAAAAGUGCCUAGCAUGGAUUCUUCAGAACAGAAGAAAACCAAGAAAAACUUAAAGAAGUUUCUUACACGACGCCCCACUUUACAAGCUGUUCGUGAGAAAGGUUAUAUUAAAGAUCAAGUGUUUGGAUCUAAUCUUGCUAAUCUGUGUCAGAGAGAGAAUAGUACAGUGCCAAAAUUUGUGAAGUUAUGCAUUGAACAUGUUGAAGAAUAUGGUUUGGAUGUUGAUGGGAUAUACAGAGUAAGUGGCAACCUUGCGGUAAUCCAGAAACUGAGAUUUGCAGUCAAUCAUGAUGAGAAAUUGGACUUGAAUGAUAGUAAAUGGGAAGAUAUUCAUGUCAUUACUGGAGCACUCAAAAUGUUUUUUCGAGAAUUACCAGAACCUCUUUUUACAUUUAAUCAUUUUAAUGAUUUUGUUAAUGCAAUUAAACAAGAACCAAGACAGCGAGUCCCUGCUGUUAAGGACCUAAUCAAACAGUUGCCAAAGCCAAAUCAAGAUACAAUGCAGGUUCUUUUUAGACAUCUCAAAAGAGUUAUAGAAAAUGGAGAGAAAAACCGAAUGACCUAUCAAAGUAUAGCAAUUGUUUUUGGCCCCACUCUAUUAAAGCCAGAGAAAGAGACUGGUAAUAUAGCAGUUCAUACUGUUUACCAAAAUCAGAUUGUAGAAUUAAUUCUUCUGGAACUAAGUUCCAUCUUCGGACGUUGAUUCUUAUUGAAGACAACCUGUGGAAUAGAAGCUGGAUUCCAUCAAAUUUCAGAUCCUUAUACGUGCUGUAUUUUAUUUUUGGACCAAGCAGUGACUCUUUGACUUUGCACUUUUUGGAGGGAUGAGAAGGGAAUGGGGGAGUCGAGAUACGUGUUAGACCCUUUUAUUUGCUGCUUUGUUGCAAGUUCAUAAGAACUGUGUAAUUUUGAACUAAUUUUAUCCUUAAUGUUUGCAUUUCAUACUCUGAAUUUCAGUAAAAAUCAAAACUUGCGAUUCUAACCAGUCAUACACACUGGAUGAUUUGGUAAGAAAACUACUUAUUUUUUUUCCCUCAAACUGGAUAAUGUAGAAUUUCUUAAGAUUUGUUAGAUUCAUCACUUGAUAGAACAAUACUUACUAUUAGUUAUUUUGAAAACGCUCUUGGGCAUUCUAAACAAAAUGAAGUAUACCCCUUUUGAAACCUGCGUGUUUCUUUUUCAGGGUUUCCGCAUGCAGUGGCAGUCUAAGUGCUAAAAUUCAUUGUAACCCAUUGUAAUCCUUUGGAUAUCUUAGUGGCUUGUUGGGGCAGCACACUAAUAUUACUUAAACACUGUGAUAUACUGGAGUUCAAUUUAGCGUUAAGUCAGUUCAGGGUAUUUUUAGGCUGUCUGUGCUACGCUGAUAUGUAGCUUAACAAUCCUAAUUAUAUCUAGUGCCAUACUGAGUUCUUGGUAUGACCCUGUGGAAAUAGACAUUAUUUGAUGUAAAUAUACGCUAAGGACUUAGUGACCUUUAGCUUAUGUAUAUAAUUAUGUUGUAUAGUCUCAGAGGACAUUCUAACCCUACAUUUCUAAUCAUGAUAUUGGUAAUCUUUUCCAUGAAUAUUAGGUUACCUCCAGAUAUAGGCUGUUAUUUGAGAAAAUUAACUGUGUGCACUUUCAGAUUUUAAUUACAUUUACAGGCAAAUCACUGUAAUGCAAAUGGUACUGGAAAAAUACUGAAUAGACUUGCUAAAUGGUAAAUGCACUACAAGAGGAACCUUUAGGUUAUUUAAUAUGUACAGAAUACAUUAGAAAAAUUUAUUACAGAAUUCUAACUCUGCAGUAUGAAUAGUGGAAAACCAUAUGUAAAUUAGAUGGAUGUCAGGUAGAAAAUGACAUUGUUAAAUUCAAGAAUUUCUUUUUACAUUACUAGUGUAGAUUGAUUUGUAUAAUAAAACAGGGUUUGGAAGGUUUUGUUACAGAGAGCAUGGUCUGUUGAAGAUAUUUUAAAAGGUAUUUUUCUAGAUUAACUGCUGUAUAUGAAAUGUCUAAUCUAAAUAAAGAAAACUAUAAGAGGUUUAAAGAUUUUUCCAUUGGAAAUGUGCAUUUUGGUUUUUGAUUUUUUUGUUUUUGUAGUUACUGGCAUACUGUUUAUACCUCAUUUUAAAAAAUUAACUGAAUCCACUGUUUCCUGUGGUAAAUAUAUUUUCCUCAUUUCACACCUUAUCUGCUCCCCACCCUGUCAAUACCCCUCCCCUACCAACCCUAGUUUUUAUUUCUUUAUCACUUUUUGAAACUGAAUGAUUUAUAACCAAGACUCUUUUUCUUAGAAUUGCAUUUAUAAUUUAUAGAUUGCUUUCCUUGGGAAACAAGUGUUUUUUUUGUAUGAUCUGGCAAAAACUCCUUACCUGAGUUUGUUGUAAAAAUAAUUACUUGUUGUUGUGAUCUUGUUAAAUUGAUAACAAACCAAGCUACAUGAUAGCUGUGGGAAAACAGAUUUUUUGGGCAGGGAGAAAAAGCCCCCAAAUAAGAAUGUUUGUAUUUGCCUAAUGAUGUCCUUAACGAUACAAUAUGCUUUAGGACUGGCCUAUAUAGUGAAUUUAUGCCAGGAAAACAAUUAGAUUCAAAUCAAUGAUGUUCUUCUCUUGGUAGUUAUGGACAUAUCAUAGAUUUAAAUUGUCCUGUGUUUCUUGUUUCAAAGUACAUAUGCAUGUAUGUGAAGUAUUAAAUGUUUUCUUAGUCUAAAGCUAAUCAGUUUAUUGUAAUACUGUAUGUCAAGACAGUGAGAUCAGUGUCUUGUGUUUUCAUCCUUUGUGAAUUAAAAAUUCUCACUUGUUUUUUGUAGUAACAAAUCCAGUAAUAUUUUCCUGUUUUGACAGCUUUAUUUUUAGUAGAAAAUAUAUUAAAGAGUGAAAUAAAUUGUCAGCUGGAUUUCAUUUA